AUGAACAUGCGACCUUGUAAAUGUUCACAAUGCGAUCCUCAUGGUUGCGCGCGUAUUCUUCGCUUACUUCCUACCACCAAACACUCAGACUUCGGAACUCUCAUGUCCUCUUCACCAGAACAGCCUGAGGAUGUCAGUCUGUUCUCGAUGCCCAAGAAGAUUACCAAGCGCAAGUUCUCCGGCGACAUACCACUGGUGUGCAAGCGGAACGACCCGAUCCGGCUCAGUCUUGCCAUGAUUGACCUGGCUGUCAUCCUGGUGGGCGAAUUCGAGGGUCUUUUUCAGGCCACGUAUCCGAAUGGAUCACAUAUGCAUCUGUCAGCGUUGUUUGAUCGCGAAGAGGCCUGGCAAGUGGUCAAAAAUUAUGAGGCUGUCAAAAACGGAACAUUUUUACGCGAGAUUCUCGGGGGUGAGACUCUUCCCGGUCAUUUCGUUUUAGUGCGCAAUAGUAUUCAUUCGUGGAUCAAGUCGCCUGUGUAUCACAAGUAUCAACAAGAUCUGGAAGAUGAGCGUAUCAGGCAAGAACAAGCGAUCUUGGAUUCCAAUCUUAUCGAAGAGGAACAUCAAGAGCAAAUGAGACUUAAACAAAUUGAAAGUGAUAUCAAAAAGGCUGGAAUCGCCGAACGAAAACGAAUUCGAUUACAAAAAGCCAUUGACAAACAAAGAGCGAAGGAAGAAAAGCUGAGACAGCGUCAAGAAGAGCUUUUAAGUGUAUCCUCAUCAUCCGAUCCAACUAACUCAUCGAUCCCGGUGUUCCUUUCUUUCAUAGACCCCCAAAUGAAUCGAGAAGGUAACUUUUUCCUGGCCUCCUCUUUGAGUAUCUUUUUGAGUUUACCUAUGCCAAGCAAUUCGAUGUCAUCCACCUCAUCAUUGUCAUCUGUAGCUUAUGAUACAUUGACAGGAUCAGCAAACGUGAAUAGAAUUACAAUGAUGGUGUCAUCAAACUGA